AUGGAAGGGUCGAGCAACAUGGACAUUACCCAGACCCCGGGGGAAGCCACGGCGCUGGCAACGCCUGAUAGCGAGAAGUUAAAACGUAAAAGACAGCCCAGGAACUCAGCAUGUCAAGGGUGCGCCUCGUUGAAAAUGAAGUGCAUUUCGACCGACAAUGGCAAGUGCGAAAGAUGCAUACGCAUGGACAGAGACUGCGUGCCUGCCGUGCCCAAGCCACGCAAGCAAAGGACAGAAAGCGGCGUUGGCCAAGAAGGUGACCGAGGCAUCCCUCUGUUGGACUUCGCCGCCGCCGCCGCCUCCUCGUCGACCUCUGCACCGCCACCGCCUCGCUUUGAUCCCGCUCGUCCAGGGCAGUCAGACGAGCAGGAGAGACGUAGUCUACUGCAGCAACACGAUCUCUCAAACUCAGACAGCAAGGCAUUUGUCGCGCUGUUCUCUCGUAGUCUAGGCAAUAUCGUGGCAGUCGACGAGCUACUUCGCGGUGUCGACCACAGCUUCGUCGCAAAUAGCUUCGCCAUAUUCCGCCAGCUCCAGCCACACUUUCCCUUCGUGGACCUGAAGCCAGGGGCAGACGUGAAGUCCAUGCUUGCACGGCGUCCUUUACUCACGCUCGCCAUCUGCACGGUGGCCGCCGCCACAUAUCCCGCUGCGCAGGCGCGGUUCAGUCAAGCAUUCCAGUAUGCAUUGUCAUCCAAACUCAUUCUUGGAACAGAACGAAGCAUCGACAUGAUGGCUGGCAUUCUGACAUACCUCGCGUGGCAUCAUCACUACAUUCCGGACCAGCAGGUAUACCAGCAGCUUUCUCUACUUGCAGGCAUUGCUGCGGAUUUGGGCCUAUAUCGACCGCGGCUGGACGUGCUCGACCCCGACAGCACACUCGAGCGCGAUCGUGCUUUCGUAGGCUGCUAUUAUCUCUGCUCCGGUCUUGCUGCGACCGGCUUCGACAGACCAAGCUCACUGAGGUUCACCGUCAAUCUUCGUCGCUGCGCCGACGGUUUAGCCUAUGCUGGAGCUUUGCCGACUGAUCGCGACUUGCCCGGACUCUUGGAACUCGCGAUUGCCAUGGAUGAAAUGGAGAACAGCAUUCGUCACGAGCAUGCAGCGGAGCGAACACUGCCGAUACAGUUCGUUGACUUGCAUGCCAAGACCACCGCUCAGAGACUUAGAGCGUUGAAACGCGAGCACCCUGCUCUCGGCAGCUCGCUGGCUUAUGCGGCUGCUACGAACCAUGUCUAUCAGAGACUGCUUCGAGUCAACGACGCGCCAGAUUCGUCCACUCUGAUACAGGCUGCAUGUGGUGUCAAGGAGUAUCUGGAGGACAUUCUAGCUAGACCGCCUGCUUUACUGCAUCACGCGACUAUACUUGACUGGACAAGUUUGGUGGAGAACCUCGUGCUCAUGGCUAGGGUUGCCAAGAGCUCUACCCUUUCAGGUGGGUGGGAGGCGGGCGCACUGACGUCGAUGCUGCCAUGCGAACAACUUCUUGAUUCGAUAUACGGCCACAUGUCAGCGGCGCCGCAGAACGAUGCCCUUUCACCCCGGAACGAGGCGCUGUUGCAACAUCUAGGCCGCCUAUCCGAAGGCAUCAAACGGCGCGUCCUGCACAGCAGCGUCCCAGAUGUAGCCUUGAACGAAGGUGUACUGGACACGAGGUUCUCCGAGAGUUUGCUCUCUGCAUAG